AGUGACCGCCAGCAACGACUUAUCCAUCACCACAGACCGCCGGAAAAGGGUUUGCGUCACCGGAGCCAAUGGCUUCAUCGGAUCGUGGAUCGUGAAGCUUCUCCUCGAGCGCGGAUACACGGUGCACGGAACAGUUCGGAGUCUAGGAACGCGGAUAUUGAUCGAAAGAGUUUUGAUUUAUUUGGAGCAGAUAAGGCGAAGUGCAAGCAUCUGAAGGCGUUGGAAGGGGCAUCGGAGCGUCUGGUGCUCUACAAAGCCGAUCUGCUUGAUCUGAAUGCGCUUCGUGAGGCGAUUAAGGGACGCGAUGGCGUUUUCCACCUUCCUGAUGAUCCUGAGCUGAUGGUGCAGCCGGCGAUUGAAGGGGCGAGAAAUGUGAUCACUUGCGCGGCAGAAGCUGGAGUGAGGCGAGUGGUGUUCACGUCUUCGGUUGGGGCGAUGACGAUGGAUCCUAAGCGCAGUGAGGAUGUGGUCGUUGAUGAGUCAUGCUGGAGCGACCUGGACUUCUGCAAGAAAACUAAGAACUGGUACUGCUAUGGCAAAGCCGUGGUGGAGCAAGCUGCGUGGGAACUAGCCGGGGAGCUUGGGGUGGAUCUGGUGGUGGUGAGCCCUGUGCUGACUUUGGGACCCCUGCUUCGGGAAACAGUGAAUGCGAGUGUGGCACACGUGCUUAAGUACCUGAACGGCUCCGCUAAGACCUACGCCAACACCGUUCAGGCCCACGUUCACGUCCGCGACGUUGCGGACGCCCACAUCCUCGUCUUUGAGGACCCCUGCCGCUACCUCUGUGUUGAGUCCGUCCUCCACUGCGAGGACCUUAUUCGCAUCCUCGCCAAGCUCUUCCCGCAAUACGCGGUCCCUACAAGGCAAGCCAUCCAACCCCCACACUCUCCUUGAAUGGUCUCUUUAUGUGCGAAUCGAGGGUAUUCAAGAGUGGACAGCCGGGGUCACGCUCUUAAAUUCAGAAUUUGAUACAAUUUGGUCUUUUAGCUUUUUUGAAAUAUUAAUUUUGUCACUCCUAAAAUAUCACUGAAUGACAAGCCAUCCACCCUCCACGCUCUCCCUGAAUGGUAUCUUUAUGUGCGGAUCGAGGGUAUUCAAGGGUGGAUUUAGCUAGGGUCACCCUCUUAAAUUCAAAUUUUUUUACAACUUGGUCUUUUAGCUUUUUUGAAAUAUUAAUUUUGCCACUCCUGAAAUAUCACUUUGCCCUUCUUUAUUUUUGGUUCUCCCACGUUGGCAUCUUCCAAAACUUGGUACUUAAGCAUUGAAAGUCCUCCGCCUUUUCAAUGUUAAUCAUGUGUGCAAUGUUAAUCAUGUAGUCGGCAAUGAAAACUCAUCGUUUGGGCAUGCUUUGUUCAAGUCUUUGAAAUCGACACCUUUGCUGUCCAUUCUUCUUUCUGACUGACACUACGUUGGCUAAUCAUAUUGAAUAUUGUUCUUCUCUUACAAAUUUAGUGUCUAUUAAAUUUUUUGACCUCAGUGGUAACUCCUCGUCACUUAAUAAGGAACUAAUAAAAAUGGAUCUAGGGUCAUAUUCAUUCCCUAAAUUGAUUUCCUUUAACUAAUCGACUGUUGAUUUGAUUUUUUUUUCAAAUUCUGGUGCAGUGUCUUCUACAGAAGAUUCUUCGAAGUCAACUUCUACUUCAAGACAGUCUUACUUUGAUUUAUUAGUGACAACCAAGCAAAAUUUUGUGUCAUCGACCAGGCCUAUCAUGCCGAACCCAAUGCCUUCAUUUGAGAUGAAAGUUUGAUUUUUGUUGUUUCAUAAUUCUUUAAAAAGAUGCAACCUGCCUUUUGAAAAUUGUUUAGUCACAAAACCUUGUUAAACACGUUUCUAAACACACAGGGAGUACCAUCCAAUAAGCAAUUUCAUUAAUUCGGUAGAAGUGUCUUCUUCUAGUUUUACAAAGACCUCGGAACUAGAAGAAGAGGAACCAUGAUAAAAUUUUAUCGGUUCCAUGCUUACACAUUGUACUUCCUUGACUUCCAAACCCUAGACUUUAUGAGGGUCAAUCAGAGUUAGGGUCAGGUGAAGGAUGUUUGGAGCGAGAAUGAGUGAAACUUAUCCCUGCUUGAUGCUAUGGUGAGUAGGGAGGAUGCUGUGCAUAUGCUAAAAUUCCUAUAACCAUUUUUUAUAUGUAAUGACAUUUUGUAUAAAAUUUUAAUUUGUGAUUUUUAUUCAUCAAACCAUAUCUUCUCUACCAUUUUUAAUGAG